AUGGCCGAAAUAGACCACGCCGCGUGCCUCGUCGCCGCUGAGCUUGCGGCGCGGGCCGCCGGCGAAGAGAUCAAGGCGGCGUGGGACGCCGAGCGCGAUGUUGAGUAUAAGGGCACCGUCGAUCUGGUGACCGCGACGGAUAAGAAAUGCGAGGACCUCAUCUUCGACAUGCUCCAGAGCAAGUUCCCGACGCACGCGUUCGUCGGGGAGGAAUCUGUCGCGGCGGCGGACGGCAAGCUCCCAGAGAUCGGCGAUGAACCCACGUGGUUCGUUGAUCCCCUCGACGGCACCACGAACUUCGUCCAUGCGUUUCCCUUCUCGUGCGUCUCCAUCGGGCUCGCGGUGAAAAAGAAGCCCGUGAUCGGCGUGGUGUUCAAUCCCAUCUCGAACGAGUGCUUCACCGCGGUCGUGGGCAAUGGCGCUAGGCUCAAUGGCAAGCCGAUAUCGGUCAGCAAGGUAUCGGAUCUCGGCAAAGCGCUGAUCGGCACGGAGAUCGGCGUCAGCAGGGACGCCGCCACCGUCGACGCCAUCAUGGGCAGGGUGAGGGCCUGCGUGGAGAACGCUCGGUCGCUCCGAUGCUCGGGCUCGUGCGCGAUGAACAUGGUGGGCGUCGCCAUGGGACGACUGGACGGGUUCUACGAGAUCGGGUUCGGCGGUCCGUGGGACUGCGUGGGCGCGGCGGUGAUCGUGACCGAGGCGGGCGGAGUGGUGUGCGAUCCCAGCGGGAAGCCCUUCGAGCUGACCGCCAGGCGGGUGCUCUGCGGGAACCCGGACAUCGCGCCGGCGCUCACGAAGGUCCUGACCGCCAUCCCGGACGGGCCGCUGGAGCCGCAAGCGCCUUGA